AUGGCUCCUUAUAGAGGCGGCUUUCGGGCGCUCUCAUGGGCCGGUCAGUUCCUGGGCCAUAAACGUCCAGCAUGGAGAUGUGCUUCGUGCAGAACUGCUACGGGUACAAUCCCUCCGCGCCGCUACGUAACAACCACUUCGGAGAAGGUCUCGAAGAAACCAUACUAUGUGACGACUCCUAUUUUCUACGUGAAUGCCGCUCCCCAUGUCGGUCAUUUUUAUACUAUGGUCAUUGCCGAUAUCCUGAAAAGAUGGCAGGUGCUUCUAGGAAACAAAAACGCUCAAUUGUUGACCGGCACCGAUGAGCAUGGAAUGAAGAUUCAACAGGCCGCGCUCGCGGCAGGCAUGGACACUCAAGCUUUUUGUGAUAUGAACUGCAAGACUUUCGAGGCCCUAGCAAAAGCUGCAAACAUCGACAACGACCAUUUCAUCCGUACGACCGAUCCGGCACAUAAGGAGGCUGUUCAAUAUUUUUGGGAAAUAUUGAAUCACCGGGGUUAUAUUUAUACUUCAAAGCACGAAGGAUGGUAUUCCGUCAGCGACGAGACGUUCUAUCCUCCGACACAAGUACAGAAUUCCCUGGAUCCUUCCACUGGGAGGAAAAGAAUGGUGUCUACUGAAACCGGAAAAGAAGUAGAGUGGUCCUCGGAAACCAACUAUCACUUUCGUUUAUCUGCGUUCCAGGAUCGCCUUCUGGAAUUUUACAGCAGUACGGAUUUCAUUGCACCUGGAAACUACAAAACAGAUAUCGUCAAGUCAGUUUCAUCAGGGCUGUCAGAUUUGUCGAUAUCUAGACCCGUAGAAAGAUUGACCUGGGGCAUUCCCGUCCCUGGCGAUGAGACGCAAACUAUCUAUGUCUGGUUGGAUGCCCUUGUCAAUUAUUUGACUAGGGCAGGGUACCCAUUCGUCCCCGGUCAAGAGAGUCGGCUGGGAUGGCCGGCCGAUGUGCAUGUUGUGGGCAAGGACAUCGUUCGUUUCCAUUGCGUGUAUUGGCCAGCCUUCCUUAUGGCGCUGGAUCUGCCUCUACCACGUAGGGUCCUCGUUCAUGGCCACUGGACUAUGAAUCGGGAAAAGAUGUCGAAAUCAACUGGAAAUGUGGUGAACCCCUUCUUUGCAAUCGAUCGAUUUGGUGUCGACACAAUGCGGUUCUUUCUUGCUUAUCAGGGCGGACUAGUGGGAGACGCCGAUUAUGACAAUUCUUUCAUUAUCCGUGACUACAAGAAGAUGCUCCAGUGGGGUAUCGGAAAUCUGGCACACCGUACUAUUGGUUGCGCAAAGGGAAAACUACGGUCGUACAUCCAGGACGCCGCUGCUGACAAGCUGCCUCCCGCGACUCCUGCAGAUCAAGAGCAUCAAUCAUUACUGGAACACACGCCUGGCAAAGUGGCCGAGCAAAUGGAAAAGCUAAACCCCCGUGCCGCUUUGCAAGAUAUCAUGACGAUAAUCGAGAGGACGAACAAAUAUUUCCACGCAGCAGAGCCGUGGAGCAAUCCAGCCGAAUCUCAGCGGGUGCUCUACAAUGUUGCUGAAUCGCUACGCAUCUCUGGUAUCUUAUUGCAGCCUUUUAUGCCCAGUAAGUCCAAUGAGCUCUUGGAUAUCCUGCGAGUAGACAGUGCAGAUCCUUCAAAACGGAGCUUUCCGGCUGCAACGUUCGGUCGUGACCCGGAUUAUGGGGAAGAUGUGAAGAAGAGCGUCCUCUUCCCUCCUCUUAUCAUCGAAGAAUGA